AUGCAAUACUAUGAGUUCGUCAUCACGAUCACAUCGAAAUUCAGCGCCACGUUGAGAGCACAAAGCACCAUGCUGCGCCUGGCCUUCUGGAAGACGUGGAGGAGAGCUUGCUCGUGCGCUUUGGCUCCCUCUGCACAGUCAUCUGGAGCCGCGCCAAACGGUUGCAGACAGCCCGCCCGCCUGAAACCUAACUUAACUUUCCAUUAUUUCCUCCGACUCACCGUGAAGCUGGAUUCCCACGAGACAUCACCGCCACCCCUCUCCCACUCGCCGCGCGAAUCCACCGCAGCGAGCACGCCCGUCACCACUCCCACCCAGCACACCGUCUCGCCACAUUUUGGCCGUGCUACCAAGAACUCUCCCUCUCUCUCCUACGCCUGGCAGCGCAAGCCGCACGAGCUUGUGCCCAGCCGUGAGCCCGAAUUCGACCUUCUUUUCGAAGACUCGGGCGACUGCAGCUUUCCGUUGUUCCCCGCAAGUCCAGCGCAGCACAGCAGCGUCUUGGGCAACAUGGCACAGACCGCCACACCCAUCGACAUCCAGACGCCCCCGCGUUAUGGCUCCAACUCGCCGCAGAAUCAGACCUCGAAUUUGACGUCGGCGCUGCGAGAAGCUGAGGCCAACCGCGACUUCAGCCAGACGCCCAACCAGCUCGACCCAAAUGGCUUCCAGUUCCGCGAUGGCCGCCCCAGCAUGUCUGAGCGCCACGGCUCCAUCAGCAACAUGCUCGGUACCUCGUUCUACGGCAGCGGUGCUCGUCCCAUCUCCAUGAGGGAUCGCGGGCGCCGCGAGAGCACCAACAUGGGCAGCUUCAACGGUGGCAUGAGCUGGGGCGGCGUUUCAGUUGGUUCUUGGAUUCGCGAUGACAUCAUGAUGGCAGGCACCUCACCCGCACCCAUGAACAUGGGCCAGUCGCCGUCCUUCCACUCCUCCUCGUAUCUCCCUAAGAUGGAGGCAGCUUUCAUGAAGGACUUUACCUGCUGUGGGCUCACAUUGGCUUCAUUGCACGACCUGCUCCAGCACUUCGAGGAGACACACGCCAACGCCCCCGCUGCUCGCAAUUCGCAGCCUGCUCAGAACGGGCUACCACAAGCAUCUGGCGCGCCUGCACCUUCAAUCGCUCCUGGGCAGACACAGGGCGAGCCUGCGAUGAACACACAGAUGGGCUUCCACCCACGCUCAGGUUCGAUGGGAGGGCAACGCCAGCGUUUGAACUCCAUCAGCCGCUCCAACCUCUCAACUGUUCAGGACAUGGACUCUUUGGACGACAUGGACAUGGACAUGGACGGUUUUGACAGCCUGGCUCCUAUUGAGGAGGCACCAUUACAGUUCCCAGUUCAGCAGCCCCAGUUCGGCCAGCAACAAAAUCAGCUACCACAGCUCAAUGUCAACCUUGCCAACACGAUGCAGAAUCACCAGGGUCUGAGGACAUCGACACCUUCAACACCAUCAGCGUCCCAGCAGUUCAACUUCAACAACAACCCUACAGUUUCAUCUGUAAAUACGCCCACACUUGGCACGGUGCCUAUGCAAAAUCACAACCUGACCUCGCCCGAGUCGUCGCACCCUGGUACGCCAGCUGAGCUGGACAUGGACUUCAACAACUUCAACCACAUGAUGGGCAUGGAUAUGGGCAUGAACGGCAUGAACGGUAUGAACAUGAAUUUCGGCAGCGGCAACUUUGGCAUGUCUGCCUUCGAUAACAACGGCACCAUCGACCAGCCUGGCAAGCGACUCUUCAGCAAGCAAGGUGGCGGCCUGAACCAGGCUCAGCUGCAAGCGGCGCUCAAGAACUACCAGCUUGGUGGCAACGACCAGAGCGAGCUUGCACGGAGAAUUCGCGAGCAGCAAAUGCUCAACGGCGCAAGCAUUCCUCAAUUCCCCUUCCCUGAGGAAGUCAAGCCCUUUAGAUGUCCAGUCAUUGGCUGCGAGAAGGCCUACAAGAACCAGAACGGUCUCAAGUACCAUAAGCAGCACGGUCACCAGAAUCAGCAGCUCAAGGAGAAUGAUGACGGUACCUUCUCAAUCGUCGACCCUCUCACUUCCAUCCCGUACCCCGGUACUGUUGGCAUGGAGAAGGAGAAGCCAUACCGCUGCGAAGUAUGUGGCAAGCGAUAUAAGAACCUCAACGGUCUAAAGUACCACCGUUCACACGCUCCUCACUGCAACCCUGAGCUUGCACUGCAAAAGCUUGGACUCGCUCCUAACAUGCAGAGUCUUCAGAACUUGCAGAAUGCCAACGUUGCAGGAGCUGGAAUGGGUGGUAUCGACCCGUCCAUGUUCUAG